UUUAGGAUUCAAAACAACCAGCACAAUACGCGGCCAGAAACAUCUUUGAUAAAUGCUGGGAAAUGAAACUUAGGUCCUUCGUGUCUGUCCCCUCUGCUCCAAGGCUUGCAAGGUAGGGCAAAAAGCCUUUCUGGUCGACUCCAAAUGCGCACUUCAUCACAAGAGGCCCGGCGCUCCCACUCCAGUCCUUCAACCCCAAAUGCUGCGUGAGAGCACUAAGAAGGGAGAGGGGUGCGAGGGGAGGGGGUCCCUGGCAGCUGCCCCCUCGCUUUCUCUGCACUUCGGCUUCCCACAGUUGCGGUUGUUCCCAGUCUUCCUACGUGUGCGCACUGGUGAGGAGCUUCAGCCCGCUCUCCCCCGUGGGGGGGAAAGGGGGACCAAGGAAGCAGAGCAGAGCGAGGAGGCAGGGGCGCCGAUGCCCCGCGGGGCCCUCCCACGGCGGCGCCCGGGGUGCGCAGGGCCCGCGCAUCCCGCCACCCUCUCCCCUCUCCUCUCCGCUCCUUUCCGGGCGCCGCCUGGCCGGCGGGGGUGCAGCCCACACUCCUGCGGGGGCGCCCGGGUGCUGCGCACCAGCCCGAGAAGCCGGGAUCCCCGAGCCACUCACCGCAGCAGCAGGAGCCCAGCAACAGCGCCGCCACCAAGGGCCACAUCUCCGCGCCGCCGCCGGGGGGUCGCCGCCGCAGGUGUCUGGAGCAGCAGCCGCCGCCGCCGCCGCCGCCGCCGCCGCCGCCGCCUCCGCCUGCCUUCAAGGGAACCGACCAGCAGCGCCGCAGCAGUGACAGGCAGGAGCGGCCGCCCAGGCUGCCCGGGUGCGCGCGCGCGCGUGCCCGCCGCCCCGCGCCGCCCGCUCCCACGCCCCGCGGGCCGCGCACGCGCACUCCGCCCCGCCUGGCCGCCUCUGCUCCUUGGUGUGACGCCAGCCUCACACCCAGCUCUGGGCAGGCUCUGGCGGAGAGCGCCGAGCAAGACCCAGCCUGCUCCCGGGUCGCGCGAGCUGGACUCCCCCUGCUCGCUGCUCGCAGCCCGACUCGCCAGCUCUCGUCCUCGUGUCCCGGGCCGGCCCCGAAGACGGAGCGUGGGGCACACACGCUCGCCGGAACUCACGGCACGCGCCCCUGCGCAGCCCCGCGCUGCUGGCCACUCUCCCCUGGCCGAGCUCGCCCGGACCUCGGAGCCGCUCAGCCCCAGCCUUCCUCCUCUCCGGGUGUGGGCGCUGCUUCUGCUUUCACAACCCUCCUAGUAGCCCUGGAGGUCCCCUCCCCGGGCGGGGUAGGGAGGGAGGGCGGGAGGGAGGAGGCUGUGACUAGGUCCUGGCCCCCAAGGAGCUCCUUCCCUCUGGCUCCCCCUGUCCCGACUUCUUGCAGAAGCGUCCUCAUCCGUUCUUCUUACUUUUGUUGGCUAAUGUUUCCAUCCUCCGCUCAGGGUUAGGCAAACAAGUUCCGUACGUGAUGAGUAGUUUAAAACGUGAAGAGCAAAACCACGAAGAGGAAAGGGGGACGGACACAGGAUGUGGCAGACGGGCCCUAGUGUGAGGCAUACGGUGUCACGGAGACAUAGCGCUGUCUCAGGUUCACCAACUGAAGGUUCUUGAGUGCGGAGCAACACAUGACCUGUCCUUUGGUCAGGACAAGAUGCAGUUUUUUUUUUUUUUUUUUUUUUUUUUCAAAUGGAUCUACGAGGAUCCCAUAGAAGACCAAAGCCCAUGAGAAGGUCAGGAUAAGUCAAAUGUCCAUCUCUUAGCUUCUGUUAGCACUGAAAUGAUCUGUUUAUGUGGCUGUCUUUUGGGUUACUACAAACUCUUUCAUAGACAAAAUGAGAGAUCUUCUGGGUCAUUCACUGCCAGUCUCGUUGCCCAACACAGUUACUCAAAAAAGGGUAUGAAGGAGAUGAAGGAGUAUUCAUAAACAUCUGUGGACUGAUUCCUGCACCAAGCUUGAAUCCCACCUGACCGUAGACCUUACUGAGUUCCUGCAUGUCUCAUCAGUCAUCUGUUAUCAGCUCUGGACAGUUCUAGAAUGUGACCUCUCCCUUCUUAGUCUUCAUGCUUCUGAUUACUAACGUGUGCUUGGUAUGUGUGAGUGACGCAUGUUUAUGCACGUACGGGUGCAAGAGUACAUGUUUGUGCCUACAAGUAGAACCAAAGAACAACUUUGGGUAUGAUUUCUCAGAAAGUGUCACCUUGUUGUUGUUGUUUUUAAACAGUUUAUGGAUGAGGUAUCUUGCCAAACAUUCUGAUUACUUUUCAAAUCAAGAUUACUAUAUUUUUAAUACUUCUGGCCCGGAACUUGCCACAUACGCUAGGCUGGCUGGUCGGAGAACUCCAUGUUUCUCCCUGUCUCUUCCUCAGGGCUAGAAUUUCAAGACACUAUCCAAAGGUUCUUGGGCUCACAGAUAAUCGACAGGAAAACUUGGAAUGUUAAACGUGCAGGGUUGUCUCUUCAAAGGAAUCUAUAAUAUGCUUCUCACCCAGAAGGCUGGGAAUUGAGGUGGCUAGCAGCCCAAGUGAGCCCUGCAUUAUGGGGUAGGCCAUACCUGGCUCCACCAAGUUCCCCCAGGCAGGACCGGAGGUAGCUAAUAGUCCACAUACCUCUGCACUAACUGUAUGAUUGAAACCACACCAGAUCCUCCCCUAGGCCAUUAAAGUAACACAUGUAGCCUAUCUGUAAAACCCAUCUUCCGGGAAGAAGUGACGUAUACUUUGAGAAGAAUUUCAGUGUAAUUACGCCCCAUUUUACACACAGAUCUGUGUUACCUCAGGAAACUUUUUCGAAAUUGUACUGUACAUAAAUAUGCCUAAAAUAAACUGCCCAGUGUCAGGCUCUUGAUGUUUGAACCAA